UCGACCUAUCGUUUUCCGAUAUCAAUCAGAUUUAUUUAUUUUGGUUUUAUGCAUAAAAAUAAGGCGCUGUUGAGAAAUGGAAUCAUAAUGAUGCUCACUACUAAUAAUUAAAGUAUUUUACCAGCUCCCUAGAAUGUAUUUCAAGCUGUAAGUGAUAAGCUGAAGUACUGGCGCAAGACUAAAGUCUCAAGUGGUCAACAAUUCAAACUGUUUAAGCUAACUCCGUGAGGCAACCACAAAGAUGUCAUCUCUGCGCUUGACCCAACAGCAGCGGGAGCAUUUAAGCCUGCUCCAAAGAUCCGCGAGCUCUGUGGUGGAGCUGUGCAAGUCAGCCUUUGAUUACCUGAUAAAUGGGCCCAGUCCCGGCCGUUACGAGAUUAUGGCCAAGAAGUCCUCGGAUUUGGGCAGCCCUGAGGCAGUGCAGCAGGCAGUGGAAGCGCUGAUAUCGCUGCUUAUCAGCGUGACCACCCGGGUGGGAGGCAGUUCGGUCGACACAGAGGUGCUCCUGCGCCAGACAUUCCCCGAUAUAGGCGCCGAUGUGCUCGAAGUUCUCGAGCAGUUCGUCACCAGCAAACGAAACUUUGUGGAGGGCUCAAUCAAGUCAGCCAACAUACGUGCCUAUCGGCUGGUCAACCUGGACUGGCGGCUGGAGGUCCGCACCGCGUCGCGGAGUCUGUUGGAUCAAUGCCAAGUGGUGGUGACCAUGAAGCUGUACCUGCACACCGAACCAAAGAACGAAAACCGUGAGCUGCUAGCGGUGGACGUCUCCGGGCGCAGCGAACAAGAGCUGAAGGCCAUGCAGGAGGACGAGCGACUGCAUCGAAAGGAUAUGCUGGUGCAGACGGAUGUCGGCAGUCUGGUGCACAUGAUCAAAACACUGGAGGACGCCUUGGCCGAGUCCAAGACACGGCGCAUUCGCAAUAUUGUCGAUGGCAUACAGUGAUACGACUUUAGAACUCAUACACUUGUUAACGAUAUUUUAAUCAGGACCAAUUUAUUAAAACUAAAAUUAACUAGAAAA